GUGUGGGUGCCAGCAGAAAAAGAAAAGACACAAAUUGAGUGAAAACGAAAAUUUGUGUGUACAAUCCCGUAUUUGAUAUCAGCAGAUUUUCUAGUUUUAAGAUUCCGUAUUGGUCCCUUCGAUAGUGUCGCGUCCUGGUUCCUCAUCCGGUGGUGAUUGUUCGAUAGGAUUCUGGAUCCCGGGAGUAUGAAAACGCACCAUUGUGGCUGCAGCAAAUCGUCUUCGAAAUUUCUUGGCACCAGCAGCAACAAAAAAAGUGGCCCCAAAAGAAGCAGCUAAUAAUUUCUCUGUUUUUCGAGUUAUCGUCUUAAAAGGUCCGUAAAUUCGUCGUUUUGCUCGUUGGUUGGUCGUUUCCAAGAAUAUACUACGCCUAAAGUUCCAAGCGUUGGCAAAGGAUUUGAAUCUUAGGAAAUUUGUCUUCAGUGUUUUUGUUGCUUCAGACCAGUAUCAAGGCGAUAUCGCAACACAUCCGAUAGAGAUCAGGUACCUGUGGGACAAUUCCAGCAGUUCAUCAUCACAAGCUUUAUUUUUGGACCUACUUCUGUCCAGAUUCAAAUUCAUUCAAACACGUACCGAGCUAGCUAAAAAAAUAAUUCACCAAGUAACGGCGACAGAUUUGGAAAAAGUAUCUAAAAACCACAAAAACUUGAAGCAAUCUUGUGUCUUAACGAUACCCAUUUGGCCCAGACUGUCCAGACUGCCGUGUUUUACGCCAUUUCGAACGCUAUCUCUCUCAUCAAAUCCCGUCAACCCAGAUGUAUAGAUCAUCAACACCACACAUCUUAUAAGACCAAUUUGCAACUCAGUCGAAAAAAAAGACCGAACCGUAUCUACAACUGGUCCCUGUUCUUUUUUGUGUUGGUAAAAUUUGCCUUCAUCUAACUGACUGAAUCCUCUCCCUGGACGACGAAUUCGGCGCGCCUCCCCGGGCUAUUGGAUGUUGUGAUGUUUUCCAACGGGCUUCCCUGCAAUCUCUCCUUUCCCAGCUGCCUCGGGGUGCCAAAAGACAACGGUAGUGACGAGCUGCUGCCGACGGCCAUGGCAGGUCGCGAACCGGUCAUCCUCAACGUGUACGAUAUGUACUGGAUCAACGAAUAUACGACCUCAAUUGGCCUAGGGGUGUUCCAUUCGGGCGUGGAGGUAUUCGGGACGGAAUUCGCCUACGGUGGUCACCCGUUUUCGUUUACCGGUGUGUUUGAGAUAUCGCCCCGGGAGCACGACGAGCUGGGUGAUCAGUUUCGUUUCCGACAAAGUAUUCAGAUAGGCUGCACAGAUUUCACCGAAGAGGAAGUGCGCCGGAUCGUGGAAGAACUGGGGAACCAGUUCCGUGGCGAUCGGUACCAUCUGAUGAACAACAACUGCAAUCACUUCUCGGGAGCGCUCACACAGAUUCUCUGUGGACAAGAGAUACCAAGUUGGGUGAAUCGCUUAGCCCAUUUCAGUUCGUGUGUACCCUUCCUGCAACGCUGCCUACCGAAGGAAUGGUUGACCCCGAAUGCCUUACAACAAUCAAUAUCAGCCAUACAAGAUCGUGACUCGGACACCAGCCCGUUUUGAGAAUAGCUUCUAUUAGAUAGUGCUAGUAAUUCCGAUAAAGCCACAAUAGCACCCCUCGCGUCUGGUUUGACACCAGCAGCAGUAGCAAUCGAAAUCCCUAGUGAUCCAAUGGCGGAAAUAUUCAGAAAAACAUCUUCACGGCUCGAUCAGUAGCAGUAACAAUGACAAAAGCAAACUUUUGACCUAACAAACAAAAAAAAACCACCAUCAGGAACCGAGCAAUUCCGGAGAUAUAGCGACAAUGAGUGUGUUCGCGUUCUUGUAACAUUGAUGAUAUAUUUUACGUUUUAUCUUUUACAUUUCUGUAUGUGUGCUAACAACCCACGUUUGUGUCGGAUUGAAAAAUCUAUUAAAUCGAUAACUAAUUACAUCUAAGCGCAGUAGCAUAGUCCUGAUUUCAGUUAGUUGCACCAAUAAAUAGUUGGUUUAUAUGCUUCGUGUCAUUUGUCACUGAGUUUCCGUAAUCUCCGUCGUGUUCUUUUGGACAGUUUCCGGUAAUUUGUUUCAAAUGAUAAUGGUUGAUGAAAUUUUGUAAAUUUACCAAACCAAAAAGUGUACGAACAGGAAAAAAGGUAUUCGUAGAAUUGAAACCUGAUUGACGAAGAAGUGGUUAAUCCAAAUUUAAACAACAUCCAGUUAUAACGAUUCAAGCAUAAAACCUUAUAAAUAAAGUUGGUAAAGUUUAUAUUAUACUAAAAAAAAAUUACGACUACAUUGGUUGAUGCAAAGAGUAAAGAUUUAAACACUGUUUUCAAACGGCAACUAAUAUUAACGUUAUAAGUAAAAAAAACGAAUCUGAGGAAGCAUAAUAGAUGAAAAACUAGACAAAAAGUAAGAAUAUUGGAACUCAUUAGUGUAUGUUGUAAUAAUAAUAUGGAAAACAAAUAAAAAGUCUAAAGUAGAGGAUAGAUUUAUUCAGAAUACAACUGUAGACAAUGAAUGUCGUUCUUUGAUAGGGUAGUAAAUCUACUGGAACGACAUCUCUUGCAAAGAAGCUAUACAGUGAGGAAAUGGGAAAAGCUAUGUUAAAGAAUCCUGAACAGAAAAUCCUUAUACACUUCCUGCAUAAAAGAAGACUAAAUACGAACACUAAGCUGCACAAGCAGUGUUAUAUAAAAUUCCCAGGACGCGAACAUUUUAACCUACAAUGCAGUUUUGCUCCACUUUUAGAAUCUUAUUUGUUUUCUUAAAUGUUUUUUUUUUAAAUACAAAGAUUUUUUACAAACAAAUUUAUUUUGCCAAUAUGCUGUCGAACAAUAUAAGGAAUUUAAAAACAAGAAAAACAAAAACAAUAUUACAAGUAAGAAAAUCUGAAUCCAGCACCAAAUGAAGAUUUAUUUUUAUGACGACUCAAAACUUUUCUCCGAAACGAAAUUUCACAAACUUUGUACUCUGAAGCUACUGUUUAUUCUUCAUAUGGCAAUACGAACAAAAAUUAAAAAAAAAAAAUAAACAAACGAUAUUAUACGUUUACCCUCCCCCUCAAAGGAUAAAAGAGUGAGUGCAAUGUUUUCCUUUUGUAAAAAGUGAUUAUUCCGAGCGCGAAAUAAGUCAACUUGAAGAACAAAAAACAAAAACAAAAGAACACAAUAGCAGAACCUACUAAAAUGCCAUUUUCCUCCACUCUCUGUUUCACUAUUGAAAAUGUAAAAAAUAAGUGAAAAAAAUAAAUGAUAUUAUUGAACAUAAAA